UAACCGGAAGUUAGAAAUUGCGCAUGCCUUAGGGGGGCUUCUAACUGCCUCCUGCGGUUCUCUUUCCUGCACCUUCAGACACGUGCAGCCGGGGAAAAUGGGUGCUCUGGUGGAUGAGAAGGAGCCUCAGCUCGUGUCACACGAGCAGAUCAGAAAGGCUACAGAAGCUUUGUUGGGAUAUAGAAAGAACAAACAAAACGCUAAUACAUUGCUUUUGAAUGAAAAUGAGAAUGUGUUUUUAAUGGUGACAUUAUGGAAAAUUCCCCCAAAUGGAAAAGAAAUCAAAAUACCUUUGCCUCAUGGUAUUAGACCUGAUACAAAAGAAGUUUGUUUAUUUACCAAGGAUGAAUCCAAUUUAACUUCAGAGCAGACAGAAAAUUUCUAUAAGCAGCUUUUGAAAAAGAAUGGGAUUACAAACAUUACUGAGGUCAUCCCUUACACAAGAUUAAAACAUGAAUAUAAACCUUAUGAAGCUAAACGGCGCCUUUUGAGCAGUUUUGACCUUUUCCUUGCUGAUGAAAGAAUUAGACGACUUUUACCCUCACACAUAGGAAAGCAUUUCUAUCGCAGAAAGAAGGUACCUUUAUCAGUAGACCUCACAACUAAGAAUUUGUCAGAACACAUCAAUAGAAUUGUCCAGGGAACUUCAUUAACUGUCACUAAUCAUGGUUGUUGCAAUACAGCACGUGUGGGUCACACAGGAAUGCCUGUAGAUCACUUAGUGGAAAAUAUUGUUGCUGCUGUAGAUGUGCUUUCAAAAAAGUUGCCUGAGAAGUGGGAGAGUGUAAAAAUUCUACACCUGAAAACAGAAAAAUCUCUUUCCCUUCCAGUGUUUUCUUCAUUUGUCUCCCAUUUGGGUUCUCGGAAAAGUAAGAAGCAAAAGCAAGACAAGAAAGUGGCCGCCAAGCCUGCUCAGGCUGCCAUGAAGCCUGAGAGUGAGUGUCCUUUGGAUGGUCAUGGGCUAGAGGCAGAAGAGAAGGGCAAAGGAGAGCCUGGCUCUGACGAUGAGAUUCCACAGCUGGUUCCAAUUCAAGCAGCAUUGCCUCAAAAGUGCCCAGAGCUUCAGGAAACAGCCCUAACAAAAGAGUCUACAGAAGAGAGCCUCAGCCCUGAAACACCACAAGCUAAAACUGGUAAAAAGAGAAGGGCCUCCAAGGCGCUGGAGACUCCAAAACAGAUUGGCAAAGCUUCCACAAAGGUGAAGAAGACUCCAGCCACUGGCAAAUGUAAGAAGCCAAGAAUCCAAUCCCCAAGAAACCUGAGAAAGAAAGUAAUUCCUCAGUAGAGGCCAAAGCCUUGGAAUAGACUCCCAAGAAGUUAAGAGGUCAUAAUAAAGUAGGGAAAAUUGAAUGGCUUUGAAAUAAAAUCUAUUUUUACUUGCUUUUCUAGUUACUUCACACAAUGAAAAAAUCAACAGAUUUCAGUGCUGUAUCAGUGUGCUUCAGUUCCCUUAAGAUGGUGUAGCAUUUGUUACUGAGCCAGUCUUCCUCAUGUGUUUAAAAUAUGUCUGCUUUACUGAUUUUCUUGCAAAUAUUAACUUUAGCCUUAUGACUGUUUCUUGUCAGAUUUAAUGCAUUUGUUUACUGUACUAGUAACUUAAAAUAAAUCUGGCUAUUCCUGAAAGCACUCAGUGAAUUGAUACAAAGUUAAUGAAGGAAAGAAGAAUGCUAUUUGUAUUUGUAAGAUCUUUCCCCUUUCUCUUUUCCCUUCUUUAAGGCCAAAAGAUCCCAAACUUACUAUAGAGUUAGAAUAUUCAGAAUAGACUAGGUCUAAUGGCUGAAAAUACUGUUUUGGGUUUUUUUUUUAAACAGUGAAAAUGUAUUAUGUUUGCAUUCUUGGAGCUUUCACUGUUUAUGAUUGAAACCAAAGACAGGAAAAGAAAUUUAUGUGCAUUCAUUUCAUUCCUGUACCUUUUAAUUUAGUUUGACAAUCCCAGAAACUAAUAGGUCAUUUUUAAGAUUUUCCACCCAGGAACAAUUUCUCAAUUAGUCAUAGUUUUAAAAAAGGUAGCAGAAUUUAAAAAAAAAUCAGAAUAAUGAAGGAACCACUAUAAAGUUUAGACAGUUGCUAUAAUCUCUUUGGACUACCAGAAGACUUGGGGGUAUGGCAGUAUAUAGUCAAUAUAAUAUGUUUAUAUUUUGCUUUUUCAUCUUACACUUUCCUACUUCUAAAUAAAUGUAAUUGAAAAAGUG